AUGGAAUGCCCUGUAUGCUCUACAGUGUUCCCUUCUCGUGGACAACCGACAUGCGUCUCGUGUGCCCGAGCGCUUGUGUACAAGGCUCGCCUGGACAGAUUGGCAGAUCUGCUGAACAUCGAGGCCUUUCGCAAACAAGUAAACUCUGUCAUCUCGCCACGCUCAGAUCUCACGGUGUCUCUAUCAUCUUCCGGCCCGGAGGUGGUAGAGAUCACGGAGAGUGCCAAAAAGCAUGCUCAUAUCCAGGUUCUGCAAGAAAUCCAGGUUAUCCGCUCGCGCUGCACCAUUAUCAAUGAGCAGGCCGACCUACUCAGACAGCAGGUAGAACAAGCUCGUAGAGAAAAGAGCUCACGCCACCUCGAUAUCAAACGGCGACAUGCCGAGAUAAUACGCGAGAGGGCCGAGAUGACCAGCCGUGUGCCUCAGUUGCUCGAACCACUGCAUGCAACUAUUCGCCGGAGUCAGCGACGACUCGACAAGGUACAAGCACGCACGCUCGAGGGUAGAACCAAACUAUGUCAAGAGACGGCAAGGCUGGCGGGAUUGCAGCAGAAACGACGACGUAUGCCAGAUGGUAGCAUCGUGCACGACUAUACCAUCGGGAGCAUCUCCAUCGUUGACCUGCGCCAUCUCAAUUCUGCACAACCUCAACUUAUCAAUGCCUCGCUCGCCAACAUAUGCCGCCUGUUGGUUACAUGUUGUCACUAUCUUUCUGUCCGCCUUCCGGCUGAGAUCACUCCUCCUCAUGCAAGCUAUCCUCAUCCCACUAUCUUCUCUUUGCAGUCUUCGUAUCAAGGCUUUCAGCUUCCUUUCCCGGGCUCUUCAUCGACUUCAUCAUCAUCGCGUACCUUGGACCACCGCACAUUGCCCAAACCACGUCUCCUCCAUCUGGACCGUCCAUUAGUCGUUCUUGCCAAGGAGGAUGCCGCUAGAUACAACCUUUUCAUUGAAGGUAUCUCAUUACUGGCCUGGAACGUCGCAUGGCUCUGCACUUCUCAGGGUCUCAAUCUCUCUAGCGCACAUCAAGCUGUUUGUCCCAUGGGCAUGAACCUCUUCACACUGUUCCGCGAACAUACCAGUAGAGACUCGACUCCUCAAUCAACCAACCCAGAUCAAGCCACGCACAACAACCAGCCGUUUGGUCAAUUCUCUCAUGCUAGCGCACGUCAAGUUCCUGUUUCGGCCGAAGGUCUGGAUGCAAUGCGAAGUUGGCGAGCUGCGUCNUUUGCUCGAUUCCUUGACAAGAUUAAGCAGAUUCUUCUACAAGACAUGUCGGGCGCAGAGUGGGAAGUAAUAUCUGGAGACGACUUCGAACAAGAGGAGGCGGUGCUCGUGGGUGGGUCCAGAGGUUCUCGUGCAGCUGCUUCGGUCGGCUCAUCUUCGACAAAGCGAGUCGUUGAGUCUGAGGACGUGCUUGGAGAAGAUGGCAAUAAAGGGUACCUGAAGUUGAAGAGCCGCACAGGAGAUGGUGGCCGAUUAUAA